ACGGCGGCGCGAUCGGUAGCUCAUUUAUUCUCGGGCGUAAAUAAAGUGAUAGGCAGUGAUUCCGGAAAGGAUAUAUCUAAGUGAUUGAACAGUAGUUUGGUGGAAAAAUCCAAUGGAAAAUUUGCAGCAACAGAGCUCAACGGUUUUCUGCUAGUGAAAAACAGUUUCCGUUCGAACGUUCGAACGCCAGUUUGUUGGGGAUAGUUUGGGAAAAUGGCGUCCCACGUGUGGAUUAUCUCAACGGCAUUUAUCAUACUUUCAAAAUAUGACGCGUCGGCUUUCGACAUUUUUCCGCUGAACAAUGAGAUCGUGUACCGACUGGAAGCCGACGUUACUCUGGUUCCGGAUUUUCAUCUACAUUCGAACUACAUCUGGACCCUGGCCGGUAGACUUCACAUUCAGCGUUACGACACCAACAACCUGGCUCUUAAGAUAACAUUGGAUGAGGAUCGAUUCCCGGAUCAGAGCAAUGUGACUGCCCUGAUGGAACCCUUUCGGGUGGCACUGUCCAACGAUAGUGCGGUGUUGAGUGUUCUGUUCAAGGAGCACGAACCGAUUUGGUCCGGAAAUAUCAAACGUGCGGUAGCUUCGCUCCUUCAGGCGCACGGGGACAAUCCGGGAGCGUAUGUAGUGGACGAGAUGGGUAUAUUCGGCAGCUGUCCGACAGAAUACUUCGUAGUGAACAAGUCCAACGUUUUUGAAAUUUCCAAAACGUACGACAUGGGUCAGUGCAACAUUUACCCGGGGGCAAUUUAUCUGACCCGAAGUAAUAUCCCGUUGAACGUUUGUACGGCGAACAAACAGAAGCAAGCCAUCACGUCCAGAAUCGCAAACUAUAAAUUGAAGAAGGUGGAACCCUACCGUUACAUGUUGGUUGAAAUCGAUGGCACCAUGAGAACGAACGUCAGGACCUUUGAAUCCUACUAUCCGCAGUUUUUAUACACCAAGGUGCAGUUGAAGUAUGAGACUCACAGUGCGAUCGAAGGUCCUGAGAAAAUCUUCGACAUAGGUCAGGGCAUGGCACUACUCUUCAGCUCGAUUCUCUUUGUAAGUCCGGACGCUGAAGCUACCGGAGGUCGGAGUCCAAAAUCGAAGGACAAACUGGUUAAACAAACCGCAGCUCUUCUUAGCACCCUAGCUGAUAACCUGGAAUCCAUGGAAUCCAAGUUGAAGGAACCGUACGACGAAACAGUAUCCGAGAUCAUCCGGCUAAUGGGUACUAUGGACUUGGAAACCCUAAAAAUGCUUUUCGAGGAAAUCGAUUUGGGAACAUCCUACAGACAGGAAACCGCACGGAACAUCCUCAUAGAAAUAAUCCCUCGCACCGGAACGAACCCUAGCAUUCUGCUGACACGUGAUCUGAUCAUCAAUCAGCAGGUGAAUCCAACGACGGCGGUUCAACUGCUGAUAUCGCUGCCCUUCUACAUGGCCGAACCAUCGAUUGAGCUGGUGAAGGAGUGCGAGGUUUUUCUUAGCUUUGGAACCGAUCGGCCCGACAUUAAACAUGCGGCUGUCCUCAGCUACGCCACCAUGAUCUACAACACUUUCGUGGCCGGAAAGAUGACGUCGGAUGUUUUCGAGAAAUAUGUGAAGAUUUACUUCGAUAUGUUUUUGAGUAAGUAUUUCAAGAGAAGGUAG